CUGAACAUCUUCAUCAUCAGAGUGUUGGGCAUGUCCACCAGAGGCAUGAAGCAUCUGCAGUUCCACAGUCGGCAUCAUCCAAAAACUGGCGAAGAAGAGAGUGUGCUGCAGCUUUCGGCCAGUGAUGUCCAUCUUGGUAAAGUAAUCGCGAAAAGUGGCAUGGUUUACGGAAGCGCAGGGAAAGACUUGGUCAUUGAAGGCUCACGGGUAGCAGUUCUCUUGAGAGAUGCUGUGCGCAAUGUUUUCCGCCCUUAUUUUAGUGCCCAGCAUCCUGUAUUUCGCGUUGAUCGAAGGAUAAAGAAAAUUUCUACAGCACAAAUUGUCACUAAUAAGGUAGGUGUCUGA